AUGUGCCAUUACUACUUCUUUGAAGUUUCAGAGAUUUACCGCAGUUUACAUCGGUCCAGAGAGACUGGCCCUCCGUAUCCCGGCGGGCAGCUGGACAGUGUGUUCUGGUUUGUGCAGGUUUCCGACAUCCAUAUCAGUCGUUUCCACGAUCCCAGGCGCAUUCCAGACUUCGAAAAGUUCUGUAGUGGCACUAUUGAUGUGAUAAAACCUGAUCUUGUGCUGGCCACAGGGGACUUAACAGAUGCGAAGACUGAGAGUAAAAUGGGCUCUCUUCAACAUGAAGUGGAGUGGCAGGCCUACCACAACGUCCUUAAAAGAUCACGAGUGCUGGAACGAACUAAAUGGAUUGACAUUCGAGGAAACCAUGAUGCCUUUAAUAUUAUUUCACUGGAGAGCGUGAACAAUUAUUACAGGAAAUACUCUGCCAAUCAGAAAGUUGGAUCCUUCCACUACAUACACAGAACUCCUUUUGGGAACUACUCUUUCAUUUGUGCUGAUGCCACUCUGACCCCUGGACCCAAACGGGCCUAUAACUUCUUUGGAAUUAUCAAUCAGACUCAGAUGGACAUGUUGGCAACCUUUAGUGAGGAGAGUCUGAACAGUAACAAGUCCAUCUGGUUUGGACAUUAUACCACAUCUACUGUCAUCUCCCCCUUCCCUGGAAUCCGAGAGCUCAUGAGUACAGCCGUGGCGUAUUUGUGUGGGCACCUACAUACACUAGGAGGCUUCAUGCCGGUACUGCACAGUCGACAUCAAGGAGGCACGCUGGAGUUAGAGCUGGGAGACUGGAUGGACAACCGCAGGUACAGGAUAUUGGCUUUCGACCAUGACCUGCUUAGUUUCACUGACGUGACGUUUGAGGACUGGCCAGCUGUGCUGAUCACCAAUCCCAAAGACGCCCAGUACCUGCACCCAGGAGUGGAGCCUCUGGGUCGUAUUGGCAGUUCCACGCACAUCAGGCUCCUGGCUUUCUCUGAAUCUCCAAUCACAGCUGUGCAUGUGAAUGUGGAUGGAGUUUCACUGGGAAAAGCGUUUAACUCAGGGGGUCCUUUAUACGUGCUGCAAUGGGACCCAACGCUAUACACUACUGGACUGCACACUAUCAGAGUUAAAGUGGAGGACUCUGCAGGUCGCUCAAAAGUGCGAGAGCAGCAAUUCACACUGGAGGAAGGCCUCACUCCCAGCUUCGGCUUCAUGCAGUCCUUCAUCCUCCUUACAGACCACUACAUACUGGCUCGGAUUGCCUUUGUGGGCAUAGUAUUACUAAACCUUGCUGGGCUUGUGCUCUUCAGAUUUAUGCCUGUAUCUUCUACAAGAGGAUUGUCUUCUCAAGCGUGGACAUCUCUGCAUAUUGUUAGUAAAAGCAACACGUUCUUCUAUUCUCUGCUGCUGUUCAACCUGUGUACAGCAUUAGGUCCAUGGUUCAUUGGGGAAGUCAUUGAUGGACACAAUGGAGCCUGCUUUGCUUUUGGCGUGUUUGUGGAUGGCCAUUUCCUUGAAGGCAGUCUUACCUAUGUCGUGGGAGUCAUACAGGUGCUAUUCUUCAAUAUGCCUCUCACUUAUUACCUCUGCUGGAGUCUUCACCACAGGUGUCGCGGCACCAGCUUCCGCUCGCAUUUCUGUCGGCCGGGCAGCUGCUGGAGGACUCUGGCGAUGCACAUAGGCAUGCUGGUCCUCAUGAUCUGGCAGGCCUAUUCUUGCUACUUUCUGCUGGAGACCUACGGGCUGCUGGCAUUCUUCCUCUCUCCCGUACGUAGCUGGGGCCUUCUCAUGGGUCUGCUGUUGGUGUACAGGGCAUGGUGGGGAACACCUCCUAACUUCUCCGGUGGCAGCAAGACCAACCGGCCAUCGUGACGGUGACAGUUGAAGAGAGGCCUUCACCUGCAUCGUUGUUUUGUGCCAAGCUCUUCCCUCCAUUCACCGCUGUCUUCACGGUCACCGGAUUGCCAAUCAUUGCCAUUACACAUUAGGAUAGAGAAAAUAUAGUCUUUAGUUAAUAUGGAGCGAUGAUGGCAUCACAUGUGGAUGAUGGAGCCAUUUCAAACCUGGUUCUGAUCCUCCUUUGACACUAAGACACGUUGGUAGUUUUUUAUAGCCAGUUCCCGCCAUUGUGAACCCAAGCAGUGUUGAAGUCCAGAUGUGUGUGGUUAUGCAUACCUAUUACUUUGAUAAACUGCGCAUUAUGUACAGUACUCGUCCAAUUAUAUUUGAUUUUAUUUGUGAGAAGCAAUCAAUAAAGGAAUAAGAUUGCCUGAUAUUCUUAAUGUUUCUGCAUGAAAUCGCCACCGAUCAGUCAAUAUGGAUACUCAUAUUGUUUUAAUGCAUAUAAACUACACUGUAAAGGGGAUUAUAUAAUUUUUACACCUGUAGACAAGGUAUAAUACGUGAAGGAUAAUUUAAGGGAUGAAGCCAUUAUUGGCUAUAAAUUAUUUUAUCCACCAAUGAAAGUAGUUCCAAAAGAAGCCAAAGCAUCAAGCUUUGCAUGUCACCAAGCAACACACAGAUUUAAACUGUGUAUGGAACGCUGCUCAGCCAAUCAGAUUAGACCAGGGGUGUCCAAUCCUGCUCUUGGAGGGCCAAUAUCCGUUUUGCUCUAGGGCU